CCGAACGCCACACGACGGAAGUGACUCAAAACAAGCCGGAGAGAUGUUUCCAUGAGAAAAAACAACACAAUUGCACCAUGAGACUGAUGUGUUUCUGCGGCGCCUUGCUGCUCCUCGUCGUCCUUCCUGCUGGUUGUCAGGGAGGCAACAUUUUGGUUAUUCCGAUCGAGGGCAGCCACUGGGUGAACAUGGAGAUCCUCAUCCGAGAGCUGCACUCACGGGGGCACAAUGUGACCAUCGUGUGUCCCAGCAAGACGUGGUACAUCAAGAACAACACCUCCUAUUACCACACUGUCACCAUUCCAAUGGAGAAGACCUUGGACAAAGACUUCAUCACCAGCAUGACAUUUGAGAUCAUGAAGUUUAAGAGGGGGUCCUUACCCCUGACGACUUUACUCAACCUAACCGUGAGAAUGUUCGAAAUGUUCCUUGACGCUCACAAUGUGGUGGGCGAAUUGCUUAAAGACGACGACCUGAUGAGGAGAUUGAAAGACAGCAAAUUUGACUUACUGCUCACAGACCCCUGCGGGGGUGGUGGUGCAAUUGUAGCCAAAUAUUUGAACCUUCCUCUCGUGUACAACGUUCGCUGGCUAAUCGCUACUGAAGGUCAUUUUGCAAUCGCUCCUUCGCCACUAUCUUAUAUCCCCAUUACGGGAACGGGCUACACCAACAAGAUGAAUUUUUUUCAAAGAUUUAACAACUUGAUUGCGUUUUGGAUUGGCUACACACAACAUAACCUGGUAAUUAAGUACAUUUACCAGAAAAUAUGUGACAAAUAUCUGGGGCCGGAUAACGAUAUGCACCAAUUACUGCAGUCUGCAGACCUUUGGCUCAUGAGAGUGGACUUCGUGUUUGAGUUUCCUCGCCCCACCAUGCCCAACGUCAUCUACAUAGGAGGAUUCCAGUGUCAACCUGCCAAGCCUCUACCAGACCACCUGGAGGAGUUCAUGCAAAGUUCUGGAGAACAUGGAGUCAUCCUCAUGUCUCUUGGCACUUUUGUGAGCAAACUUCCUGCCGACUUAGCCGAAGAGAUAGCGACAGCAUUUGCCAAGCUGCCUCAGAAGGUCAUCUGGAGAUAUAAAGGUGCUAAACCUUUAACUCUUGGCAACAACACUCUCCUGGUGGACUGGAUGCCACAGAACGACCUCCUUGGACAUCCCAAGAUGAAACUCUUUGUGGCUCACGGCGGGACAAACGGUGUUCAGGAAGCGUUGUAUCACGGAGUGCCCGUUGUGGGAAUACCUUUGUUUUUCGACCAGUAUGACAACUUGGUGCGUCUCUCAGAAAGAGGAGCGGCCAUCAUACUCGAGUUUUCCUCACUAAGCAAAGAUAACUUUGUGGAGGCCAUGCAGGAAGUUCUUACAAAUUCAUCCUACAAGAAGAACAUCCAGAGACUCUCCAGGCUGCACAGAGAUCAGCCCAUCGCACCGCUCGACAACGCCAUCUUCUGGAUCGAUUUUGUCAUUAGACACAAAGGUGCAGCUCACCUGCGGACCGAAUCCUACAAGAUGCCCUGGUACACCUACUACUCUGUGGAUGUGUAUCUGUUCCUAGCUGGAGUUGUUGUAACAGGGUUGAUCAUGUUUUGGAUCACAAUCAAGUGUUUAUGUUCUGCUUUGUGUCGGAAGAAAGUCAAACGCGAAUAGUCAGUCUUUUUAAAAAGUCAACAAACACUUGAAAAUCCAGAAAUCAGUUGUACUUUAAUGUCAUUUUAAAACCUGGGUUCUCUGAGGGCCAUAACAAACCUGGGACCCAUAGCGUCCAAAUGGCCGAAAGUUUUCUUCAUGUAUUUUUGCUCCUGAAGAUGAAGCUGUCAGUUAUUUACCAUAAUUUAUAUUUGUUUUUGUGUAACUGGUCGAUGACUAACUGUAUUUGGAACUAGGGCUGGAUGAUAAAACGUUAUCAAUGUAUACAGCGAUAGACAUGUAAUCAAUAUCCCAAAAAUAUGUGUUAACCAUCUAACAGAUGAUCAUAAGCAGCAGCUCAGUAUGUCAACACUGUGGCUUCACAAGUUAGUCUUGUGUGAUCACGGCACGGCUAAAAAAAUAAUGCUUAUAAUAACACUAAUACUUGGUUAAUAUUCACAUCACAAGAUCUAAAUUAACUAUUGUUGGUGUUGGUGUUUUUUUUAAAUGUAUUUUUAGAGUUAUUUAGAGGCAACAUAGAUUAUUCCCAUUAGCGCCAUUGCUAGCCACCUCCAACCAGCCAUUUCUGACAAAUUUGAAUGCAAAAAAAAUUAAAUACAUGCGUUCUUGUCUCAUAAGGAUUGUGAAUGAUAAGCAAAAAUCCUAAAAAAGUGCAGCUCCCCCUGAGGAGGUUAUUGUUAAGUGUUCAAUGAGAUUUAAAAAUUGUGUUUACAUUGAUUGUUUGAAUGUUUUACAUGGUUGUGUUGACAUUUCCUUUCCUUUCUACUUUGAUAGCGGAAAGUAUAAUGAGGGGACUAUUAUAUUUUCAAUAAAAAUGUCAACAUUUAAUAUAUUUUCCUCCUCUUCCUUAUUUUCAAUGGGUCAUAAAUAAUAUCAAUAAAUAUCGAUAUCAACCGUCAUAAAACACUUAUAUUGUGAUACAGUUUUUAGCAUCUUGAGGAAAACAUUGGUAAAAGAACACGCAAAAUAGAAAAAUUGCAGAUUACCUUUUUUUUCUUCAUUUUUGAGUGCAGAGUCUGCUCUUUUUUCUGUUUUUCUGCAGCAUCUGACACAGUAUUUCGCCCCUAGAGAGUGUUCCUGAUUUUUAGAAUCGCAACUCUGACCAAACCCUUCUUCUUGGAAGUCAGAAUCAUUUAAUUGCUGCAAAUUACACUCCUCUCGCAUGGUCCAUCCUAUUUUACGUUUGUCAAUUUGACUUGAGAGGUCCGUACUUUCCUCAUAUUCCCAUCAUUUGGAAAUGUAUGCAUGCUGCCCCCUUCUUUAGUCGUGUUGCUAUAACCUGCAACAAUUCAUCUAUACAUAUUUGAUCAUUCCUUUAAAUUCUGCAUGUAAAUAUCGUUAUUUGGGAUAAAGAUACUACAAAUACUACUCAAUAUAAAAUUGCCUUCAGUCUUCUGUAGUAACAUUAGUAAGCUGAUGCAGACCCGCCCACAUUUCAGAGCUAAAAGUGGGUGUUCCAAUAUGUGCAGAGACUCGUAAGAAAAAAAUCACUACUGUGUCUAUUUUAGGGGGAAUUUUACCUGUAGACAUUAUUAAAGUUGGUAUGCUAUGGCAUUUUUAGAAUGAAAUAGGAAAUAAGUGCUAUUGUUGUAGGGCUGGCCGAUAUAUCAAUAUACGCGAUAUAUCGCGGGUUUGUCUCUGUGCGAUAUAGAAAAUGAUUAUAUCGUGAUAUCGGAGUAUACGUUCUCACGCAGUUGCUUUUAGCUGCUGGCAUUACACGACAGGCUCUUCCCACUCUUUCUUGUGUCUCCUUCUCACAGACAGCAAGCGCACAUUCUUACAUAUGUCACAUACUUUCACGUCAUACGUCACAUACGUACACGCCAUCGCGGCGCAGAGACGUGGCAGCAUGGCUAAAGUUAGCUGUGAUGCGAGCGGUAAUACGAGAUAAAGAAGGUGCGAAUCUGGUAACAAAUGAAGGAAGAAUUAAUUCCCAAGAAAAACAGCAGGGGGUCCAUCGUCUGGCGGUGGUUUGGCUUCAAGUGGGAAUAUGUCGAACAGACAACCGUAAUUUGUCAAGUGUGGCGCAAAAGUGUUGCUACAAAAAGUAGCAUUACUGCUAAUAUGUAGCAUCAUUUGAAAAGUCGCCUGCUAGAGAAUCAAGAGUGCUUACUCCGCAUGUCAACAUCUCCGUUCGGUGCCACACGCCCACACCAUCAAAAUGCUGAGGCAAACAUUUCCAGAUCAACACCGUAUGAAAAAAAGAGUCCACGAGAAAAGGAGAUAAUGUCCGCAGGAACCUACCACAUAGCAAAGACGUACACUAUUUGAUUUCUUAUUAUGCAGCUCAUUUUUAUUUGACACUUAUUGAAAUAUCUUGUGUGACAUCAUGUUGUUAAACUAUUGUAGUGGCGUUCUGUACAAAAAGUGCACUUUAAUUUAGUGUUGUUUUGAUAAGUCAUCUUAGUGACGUCAUGCACAAAAGUGAACUAAUAGCUUGUUUUAAAAUGUCUCUGACAAUCUUGCACUUUCUGUUUUGGAAAUGACAUGAAUGUUUGUGCCAUUGUUUAAUAACUGUUUAAUAAAUAUAGUUUUGGUAAAUUUACUUAGUUGUGAUUUCCUUCUCUGCCUGAAAGUUUAAA